GCCGGACAGGAUGCACAGUUGCAAGGCAACAACGACUUCAACUGAGAUCUGAGUAUGGUAGCAGGCAGCGCCUUGUCGGGUUACACCUCCGGUGAUCAGACGCAAUGGGGUGAAGGCACAUUCCCGAACGUGUCCAUGUCCGCUCUCCCCUCUCAGGUCAACGGAGCGAUCAACAUCAUGGCGGGAACUUUCAAUUAUGACGGCAUUCAAGAAGACGCCGGCGACAUGUUUCGCAAAGCUGAGGGCACGGACCGCCACGCGCAUGUCGGCGUUGCUGGGGUGCCAAUGUCUGCUUCACUGGCGUCACCCUACCAAUACGGGCUAGCGCCUGUCCCCAACGUCAACAGCGGUUAUAGCUGGAACAACAACAACUUUGCCAACUUCACCUCUGGAUCGUUCAACUCACACAUUCCGAAGACGUCCUCAAGCUUCUACCCAUCCCAUCCUCACACCAAAGCUCCAAUGCCGCAAUUCUUCGACCCCGCUCAACUUGCCCGCGAGCAGGCCAGCUACUUGUACCAGUCGCGGCCCGAGCAAGAAACACAGGGCUCGACCAGCCAGCAGACAGUGGAGUCGCCUCCUGCCCCGAGCGGCAACAAUGGCACCCGCAACUCCACCGCCGGUCUUAGUGACAUUCCCGACCUGAACUUUGAUGAGUCGGAUGAGCGAGAUGACUCUAGUGUCUCUACCCCAAAGAACACUGCCAACCGCGCUCGCCGUAAGAGUAAGAGUGACGAUGAUGACUACGAACCGGAGGAGGCCAUUGAUGACGCCGCCGACGAGUUCAUACCCAAGCGUACUCCCAAGACAUCUCGAGGAGCCACGACGCCCCGGGGAACCACGACACCGCGAGGAACUGCGACACCUCGGGGAAGCGUGAAAGAAUGUCUUCCCGUUGACCCGCCGCCAUUGUCACUUCGCUCCAAGGAUGCCAAGAAGUGGAUCGAACUCUACGUCCUCUCCGCUCUUCCCGAACGUCCCAAGAUCAUGCCUGUCUCGCAAGAGCAUUUGCGCCACCGCGCAGUCACGCCCGAUGUGCUCAUCCACGGAAUCGUCACCGUCAGCGCCAAGCUCGUCAAGGACAUGAACUACGGCGUGGAGCUCGAACGCAAGGUGAAAGGCCAAGGUGAACGCCGCACCAAGGUGCUUACAUCCGACGUCUACAACCCGAUCACUGCGAAGAUCGUCCGCGACGAGAAGUGGAACCUCGGCGACAUGCGCUUCUGCAUUACCGAAGGCAUGAAGCGGAUCGAGAUGACCCGGCGGCGCAACGCGAACUUCGAACGCCGCAUCGAAGAUGGAGCUGGCAAGCUUGUCGAGACGAACGCGCAGAAGGGCACUGCUAGCCGUAGCCGCGGCGACAGCAUGUCCAAGAACCCCCCGUCUGUGGACGAAGUGAUGCUUCCGCCCAUCACGCCUAAGAAGCGCGGCAGCGAGUCCGAUAUGACUUCUCCGGUUUCAAAGAAGGCCAGGACUCCGAAGACGCCGAGGACGCCCGUUAAUUCUUUCGCUGCGAUGGGCUUAAAGAGCGCCACUAGGGGAAAGUCUGCGAAGGCUUCUACUCAUAAGAAGACGCCUUCUGGCCGCAGGGCCAAGAUUAUCAACGACGACAGCGACGAUUCUUUGGAUCAGAAGUGCGAAUUUUUCCACUAUCCGUUUUCUCGUCGAUAUACCGGUUUAGCUGAUCCAACCAUCUAUCCCAAUAGGAUUUGGGAUAGCGAUCCACUGAUCUACCGAUCGACUGCGGUUGGAAAAGCACUGGCACCGACGACAAGCGAUGCAUUAUCAACAGAACUGGAGGCUCAACGGUUUAUGGUUACGAAGAUGGACGACACUAAUGGAGACUCUGGAAAUCAACCUUUAUUCUAG